AUGGACGGCAGCGGCCCCUUCAGCUGCCCCAUCUGCCUGGAGCCGCUCCGGGAGCCGGUGACGCUGCCCUGCGGCCACAACUUCUGCCUGGCCUGCCUGGGUGCGCUCUGGCCGCACCGGGGCGCGGGGGGCCCCGGCGGCUCGUCCGGGGGCGCGGCGCGCUGCCCGCUGUGCCAGGAGCCCUUCCCCGACGGCCUGCAGCUCCGCAAGAACCACACGCUGUGCGAGCUGCUGCAGAUGCGCCAGGGCGCGGGACCCGGCUCCGGCCCGGCGCCGGGACUCGAACCCGCCGCGCCCAGCGCGCCGGAGCCCUCUGCACCCUGCGCGCCCGAGCCGUGGCCCGGCGCGGAGGAGCCGGUGCGCUGCGACGCGUGUCCCGAGGGCGCCGCCCUGCCCGCCGCGCUCUCCUGCCUCUCCUGCCUCGCCUCCUUCUGCCCCGCGCACUUGGCACCGCACGAGCGCAGCCCCGCGCUGCGCGGGCACCGCCUGGUCCCCCCGCUGCGCCGGCUGGAGGACAGCCUGUGCCCGCGCCACCUGCGGCCGCUCGAGCGCUACUGUCGCCUCGAGCGCCGGUGCCUGUGCGAGGUCUGCGCCGCCCAGGAGCACCGGGGCCACGAGCUCGUGUCGCUGGACCAGGAGCGCGCGCUCCAGGAGGCAGAGCACCCCAAAGUGCUGAGUGCUGCAGAGGACCGCAUGGACGAGCUGGGCGCCAGCAUCGCCCAGGCCCGACGCACUGUGGCCCUCAUCAAGAGCGCUGCAGCAGCCGAGAGAGAGCGGGUAAACCGGCUGUUUGGUGAAGCUGCAGCCACCCUGCACAGGUUCCAGUCCGAGGUGCUGGGUUUCAUAGAUGACGGGGAAGCCACCAUGCUGGGCCGCUCCCAGGGUGACCUACAGCAGCAGGAGAAGCAGCGCAGCCGGCUGAGCCGAGCCCGUCAAAACCUCAGCCAGGUCCCAGAGGCCGACUCAGUGGGCUUUCUGCAGGAGCUCCUGGCUCUCAGGCUGGCCCUGGAGGAGGACGGUGGACCCGGGCCCGGCCCCCCCAGGGAACUCAGCUUCACCAAGUCAUCCCAAGCCGUGCGCACCGUGAGAGAUGUGCUGUCUGCCGCCUGUGCCAGCCAAUGGGAGCAGCUGCAGGGGCCGGGCAGCGAGGAGGAUGGACUGCAGAAACCGGGCACGGAGGAAGGCGAAUCUCAAGAACCGGAUAGCACCGACCAACUAGAGACCCAGGCUUCCCGGGAUUACUUCCUCAAGUUCGCCUACAUCGUGGACCUGGACAGCGACACGGCCGACAAGUUCCUGCAGCUGUUCGGCACCAAGGGCGUCAAGCGCGUGCUGUGCCCCAUCAACUACCCCGAGUCGCCCACCCGCUUCGCCCACUGCGAGCAGGUGCUGGGCCAAGGCGCCCUGGACCGGGGCACCUACUACUGGGAGGUGGAGAUCAUCGAGGGCUGGGUGAGCGUGGGCGUGAUGGCCGAGGACUGCUCCCCGCAAGAGCCCUACGACCGCGGGCGCCUGGGCCGCAACGCGCAGUCGUGCGCCCUGCAGUGGAACGGCCACGUCUUCUCCGUGUGGUUCCACGGGCUCGAGGCCGUCCUGCCGCAGCCCUUCGCGCCCACCGUGGGCAUCUGCCUGGAGUACGCCGACCGGGCCCUGGCCUUCUACGCCGUGCGCGACGGCCAGAUGCACCUGCUGAGGAAGCUGAAGGCCUCCCGGGCCCGCCGAGGCGGCGCCCCGGCCUCCCCCGUGGACCCCUUCCAGAGCCGCCUGGACAGCCACUUCGGGGGGCUCUUCACCCGCAGGCUCAAGCCUGCCUUCUUCCUGGAGAGCGUGGAUGCCCACCUGCAGAUCGGGCCCCUCAAGAAGUCGUGCAUCUCCGUGCUCAAGAGGAGGUGAUGGUGGGGCCUAGCGUCCCCUCCUGCAGCCGUCCGGGCGCCCCCAGAAGCUCACAUCUCUGUACCCCAGAUUCCCCAGGGAAGCAGAGCCUUGAGGCCCCACUGCUCCCCAGCAUUCUCCUUGCUACAGAUGUCUGCCUU